AUGUAAAAUAAUCCUGUGUUGUAAAGAUUUCUAUAGAACAAUCCAUUCAUUGAAGGAAUUGUAUUAAUGGAUAAAGAAGGAAUAGAGUAAGAAAUAUAGAGAAACUUAGAAUUAUAGCCGCAUUCUAAAAUGAAAAUAACAAAUUAAGAACAGGAGCAUAAUCAUUAAUGUAUGUAGUGGCUAUUUAAUAAUGCAAUGAAAAUUUAAGAAAACUUUCUGAUUCUGAAACAAAACAAAUUACAUUAGUUUAUGAGUAUUGAAUGGUAUGUAAAUUUAGUGAAUGGAUUAUCUAUUUCGAAAUUUGGACACAUUCAAUUUUGAUAUUUUAUUGUAAUGUUAAAGCUAAUAUUGUGUCAUUAAAAUAACUUGGGCAGGAUCUAAAACGCAUACUUUACCCUUAUAAUGAUCUAUUAGAAAAAUAGUAAAAAUGA